GUUACUAAAGAAUAUUAAAAAAGAGGGUGUAACCCACCAACAUAAGUACUUGGAUCAAGUGCUGUCUGUUGUUGGUAGAAGAAAUACAACAGUUGCAGUGGUUGCACCUCACAAUAAGUGUGGAAUAAUUCAAGUUUUUCUUUGCUGUUGAGAGAUAACUUACACAAGACUCCUUAAAAGUGAGGGUGACUAAGGCGGCCGAGGAUCUCUUCUCCGUCCAGAUGACACAAAGGAUGUCUUAUGAAAGUGGGCAAGAAGGCCGAUCAGUCCUGGGAAUGUUGGCAGUGCAGGUGGAGAGAGACCCAAAGACCGGAGCCACCUCCGUCAGGUCAGUGGCCCCCGUGUCCCCCGUGCCGUCUGGCGCGCCCACGGCCGCCGCCACCGUCUACGACGACGGCAGGAAGAGCAUCCGCGCCGUGGGCGGCUCGGGGAGCCAACCUUCGAACGAAGAGCUCGGCCAGAUCCUGAGCAUCGUCGACGGGGUCGGGAUGAAAGCGCUGCUGGACGAAGUCACGAAGGUGGACGCCGACAGACAUCCAGAGGGAAAUGUCUCGUCUUCUGCUCGCAACGCCACGGCAAAGGAAGACAGAUCGCAGCUGGACAGCUCUGGAAGUUACGACUUGGAAGCCGGGCUGGGGAUUCAGGACUGGGCUGCAGAUGACAGAAGCAUGCCGGUGGUCAGGGACCUUGCAGGAGAAGUUGAUAACGUGGAGGACCUGAGUUUGGACGAAGGCCCGGUCACUCUGGUGUUCCUGGGAUACGCCGACGGUGACGGAGGGGACGGCCGAGACUACGACGACGACGAAGGCAUGCUCACGGCGGAGCGAGUGAUCAUCACCGGCGAAGGAGAAGAAUGCGUCGUGGGACCUGAACCUUCACCUGAGGCCGGGAGGAAAGAGCCCCAAGAGUUUCAGGACGUUCCCCUGGAUGGGAACGGGGCAGGAGUCAAAGUCCCGGGACAGGAAGGGGAUCGUUCCGCUAACAAACGCAAAACCUGCCAGUGUUGCUCCGUCAUGUAAAGGCUCCCGAUACACCAACCAGCCCGACGGCCGACCCGGCAGAAAAGGCAGUCGGACUGAUCAGUCCGCCCUAGUUGGUCCAAAAAG